AUGGCAAGUCAUGAGCUAGGAACUUCAAACAUGCAUAAUUUAAGUACCGAUGAAGAUGAUGACGAAGAAGAGAUCAUUACCGACAUAGAAGAUUUCGAUGAUGAAGAGGAUGAUCAUCAGAGUACUUUAUACGGGUUUAACGGAAGAAACACUACACACGGAUUAACAAGAAGAGAAGGUGGUGGUUAUUGGUUGAAUAGUAUUACAGGAAUGAAAUUGUUUGAUCCAAGAAGUGUAUGGAUUCGAGAAUGGAAGCGAGUUUUCUUACUCGUGAGUGUAAUAGGAUUAUUCGUAGACCCGUUAUUCUUUUACUCCUUGUCAAUAAGUGACACUUAUGUGUGUCUGUUCAUUGAUGGAUGGUUUGCCAUUACAGUAACUGCACUUCGUUGUAUGAGUGAUGCUUUACAUGUUAGGAAUAUAUGGUUACGGUUCAAAUUGGUUAAAAACCGAUCAGAUUAUCAAACCAAGAAAGACGGUCACGUUGGCGAUAAUGGUAACGAUCAAGAAGUAAGAACUAAUGACAGUAGUGGUUAUAAUACUGAGAACCACCAUCACAAGAUUAAUAGUACUAGUACUGCUAGAUCAUUAGCACUCGAUUACUUGAAGGCUAAGAACGGUUUCUUUUUCGAUCUCUUCGUAAUCAUUCCUUUGCCUCAGGUCGUGUUAUGGGUGGUAAUACCGAGGCUAUUGGAAAGAGGAUCAACCACCGAAGUAAUGACGGUAUCGUUGAUUAUGUUUCUUUUCCAGUAUUUACCCAAGAUCUAUCAUACUAUAUGUCUUUUACGACAGAUGGAGAGCUUCUUCUCCGGUUACAUUUAUGGAACUGUUUGGUGGGGUAUUGCUCUCAACAUGCUAGCGUAUUUUGUGGCUUCCCAUGCAGCGGGUGCAUGUUGGUACUUGUUAGGGAUUCAAAGGGCAGCAAAGUGUUUGAGUGAACAAUGCAGAAAUACACAAGGAUGUGGAUUAAGCACAUUGGCUUGUGGUAACGUUAUCUAUUAUGGGACUACAUUAUCUUCCACGUUUAAGGACAGAGCAAGAUUGAUUUGGGCUGAGAAUAAAAAUGUUAGAUCUAUGUGUUUAGAGAGUUCUGAUAAUUUUGAGUAUGGAGCUUAUAAAUGGACUGUUUCCCUUGUUACUAAUGACAGCCGACUUGAAAAAAUUCUAUUCCCCAUUUUCUGGGGCUUAAUGACACUAAGCACUUUUGGGAACCUUGAGAGCACAACAGAAUGGCUAGAAGUUGUGUUCAAUAUCAUCAUCAUCCUUAGCGGGCUUAUGUUAGUGACAAUGCUGAUCGGUAAUAUCAAGGUUUUCCUUUACGCGACUACAUCCAAGAAACAAACGAUGCAUUUGAAGAUGAGGAAUAUCGAAUGGUGGAUGAAAAGAUGGCAGUUACCACAAGGUUUCAGGCAGAGAGUACGGCGAUAUGAGCGUCAACGGUGGGCGGCCAUGCGUGGUGUCGAUGAAUGUGAAAUGAUCAGAAACCUACCUGAGGGUCUCAGGAAGGAUAUCAAAUAUCAUCUCUGCUUAGACCUUGUUAGACAGGUACCCUUAUUUCAGCACAUGGAUGACCACGUGUUAGAGAACAUAUGUGAUAGAGUGAAAUCCCUCAUAUUCCCAAAGGGAGAACAGAUAACAAGAGAAGGAGAUCCAGUUCAGAGAAUGUUGUUUGUAGUAAGAGGUCAUUUACAAAGUAGCCAAGUACUAAGAGAUGGGGUAAAGAGUUGUUGUAUGUUGGGUCCAGGCAACUUUAGCGGAGACGAGCUUCUUUCAUGGUGUCUUAGAAGACCAUUCAUCGAACGCUUACCUCCAUCUUCAUCAACUUUAGUAACACUUGAAACAACAGAAGCAUUUGGUUUAGAUGCCGAAGAUGUCAGAUACGUAACACAACAUUUUAGGUACACAUUUGUUAAUGAGAAAGUAAAUAGGAGUGCAAGGUAUUAUUCACCAGGAUGGAGAACAUGGGCAGCUGUGGCUAUACAGUUAGCUUGGAGAAGGUAUAGGCAUAGAUUAACACUCACUUCAUUGUCGUUUAUACGUCCUCGAAGACCCUUGUCGCGAUGUUCAUCUUUGGGGGAGGACAGGCUACGGCUUUAUACAGCUUUGUUAACCUCGCCGAAGCCUAACCAAGAUGAUUUUUGCUUCUAA